AUGCUGUACUUCUUGACGCUAACCCAGCGCUGCAACUUGGCCUGCACGUACUGCGGGUCGUCCGAGGAGCUGGACAUCGAGGACUUGAUCGACCCUCUCGACUGCAAGUACAAGGUGGACGCUCUGGACAAGCUCACGACCCCCCUCAAGAACGAACAGGAGCCCUUCGCUAUCUGCUUCUAUGGCGGCGAGCCGCUGCUGCAGCUGCGCCAGAUCAAGAAGGUGCUAGCCCAGCACGAGGGCAGUAACACCAAAUUCGUGCUGCAGACCAACGGCACCAAGCUCAACCGCACGCCCACUGCGGUGGUGAACAAGAUGGACACGAUCUUGAUCUCAGUGGAUGGAGGUGAGAAGGUCACGGACACCAACCGUGGGGCGGGGACUUGGCGCCAAGCCAUCGACAACGGAUACCUGAUCCGCAAGAAUGGCUUCAAGGGCGAUUUGAUCGCCCGGAUGACGGUGAGCCACGUGAGCGGCGACAUCUACCAGGAUGUCAAGGACCUAUUCGAUCUCGGCAUCUUCGACCACGUGCACUGGCAGCUGGACGCGCAGUGGAGCACCCCCAUGUACGCGGGGUAUGAAGACCGCGGCGGCUUCCUCCAUUGGCGCGACGAAGUGUACAAUCCGUCGAUCACCAAGCUGGCCACGUACUUCCGUGGCACCCUCCUGAACGAGAAGAAGCUGCUGGGGAUUGCCCCCUUCCUGCCGCUGUUGCAUACGCUCAUUACGGGCGAGAAGGCGACGCUGCGGUGCGGAUCGGGUCGUGACGCGUUCAACGUGCGAACUGGAGGGGGCAUCUCGGCCUGCCCCAUCGCUCCGGACAGCGACCUGCAGUACGAUCUGGCCCACAUCAGCGACGCAGACUUCACCCCGGAGAAGGUGCGCGACUCGGUCAAGAUCGGAGGCUUGUGCUUGAGCUGCGAUGCGAAGGACAUCUGUGGCGGGCGGUGCCUGUACGCGAACAAGACGAUGUGGUGGGGCGAGGAAGGCUUCCUCGCCGUGUGCCAGACCGUCAAGCACCUGAUCCAGUGCAUGCGCGAUAUCCAGUCGGACGUGGAGAGCGCCAUCGCGCAGGGUAUCAUCGAGUUGGAGGAUCUCCAGUAUCCGAAGUACAACAACUCGGUGGAGGUGAUCCCGUAA